AUGACCUCUGCCAACACAACAGGUGGUACUGGUGUGGCUAAGGACAAUGCACUACCUGAUGACGAAGUUGUAGCAACAAGAUUUGUGUGUCCUACAAAUGAAGUGGUGCCUGCCAUCUGCCCCAAAUUUCUCCAUAGAGACUCCCAGUUGAUACUUGUCAACUAUGCAUCACUACCUGAUGACGAAGUUGUAGCAACAAGAUUUGUGUGUCCUACAAAUGAAGUGGUGCCUGCCAUCUGCCCCAAAUUUCUCCAUAGAGACUCCCAGUUGAUACUUAUCAACUAUGCAUCACUACCUGAUGACGAAGUUGUAGCAACAAGAUUUGUGUGUCCUACAAAUGAAGUGGUGCCUGCCAUCUGCCCCAAAUUUCUCCAUAGAGACUCCCAGUUGAUACUUAUCAACUAUGCAUCACUACCUGAUGACGAAGUUGUAGCAACAAGAUUUGUGUGUCCUACAAAUGAAGUGGUGCCUGCCAUCUGCCCCAAAUUUCUCCAUAGAGACUCCCAGUUGAUACUUAUCAACUAUGCAUCACUACCUGAUGACGAAGUUGUAGCAACAAGAUUUGUGUGUCCUACAAAUGAAGUGGUGCCUGCCAUCUGCCCCAAAUUUCUCCAUAGAGACUCCCAGUUGAUACUUAUCAACUAUGCAUCACGACCGGAUGAAGAAGUUGUAGCAACGAGGUUUAUGUGUUCUACAAAUGAAGUGGUGCCUGCCAUCUGCCCCAAAUUUCUCCAUAGAGACUCCUGGUUGAUGCUUCAUCAACUAUGCAUCACGACCCUAUGACGAAGUUGUAGCCACGAGGUUUAUGUGUCCUGCAAAUGAAGUGGUGCCUGCCAUCUUCCCCAAAUUUCUCUAUAGAGAUUCCUGGUUGAUGCUUCAUCGACUAUGCAGGCAGGAGUACUCUUAGCUUGGGUGCUACCAUUGCGCCUCACUUAGUUCCUUCCUCGACACCAGCAGCUUUGUGAGAGACCCCUGGACUGUGUCUUCUUCUCUCCUUCAUAUCUGCCCGCUUUGACCCAGUCACUCUGGCGGUCUCCCAUCAUCCUGACUGGAUGACUUCUCUACAUCUUCUGGCUCGAUGCUUCCCUGUAACAAGGAACAAAAGUUCCGGUGUUCUCCAGGGCACCCAUUGUACAUCCUGAUGAGGGUACCCUCCCUGUUUUCCUUCACCUAUGGUGCUGUCUCCUGCCUGGUUGGGCCUGGGGCUCUUGUCAUCCCAUCAUUGUGCUCCUCAUCCUUCUGAAAGAGACAGCAAAUCUGCUUCUCCUGGGAGAUAUUAAAUAUCCUUUAUUCCAA